AUGCGCAACAACAACAACGAAAACGAGGUGGAAGAGAAUGGAAACAAUUUUUUGAUGGUGCCAGUGAGCCGUCCACUCCAUCUCGACACGACAAUGCUGCCGUCUAGACCAACCUCUCCAUAUACUAUGGUAGGUCUAAAGUGGGCGUGGCUUACGGAGAAAGCGUAUCUCAGAAAAAGGGGGAGCAGGAGUAAUUUGACGGUAAGAAAAAAAAACAUAACCAUGCAAAAAAAAAUUGUUGUCUCUCUAUGCCCUCUCAGUUUUUCCGCUACGCUUCUUUGGAAUACAAACGUUUUGAAAACAUAG